AUGGGUGGUUUUAAUGUUAUGAUACAACUUUGUAAAAUUACACGAGCGAGUAAAUUGUUCCAGAGAAAUUUCUAUCUACCUUUGUUGAAACCGCUAUCACCAAAAGAUGCCCUGAGAAAAUAUAUUAUUACCGGAAAAGAUGUUAUGGGAAGAAAACUCGAACAUUACAUCCCCGUAUUGGAGGAAUACGAAGCCAGAAGGUUAAGAAGAAAAUAUAUUAUAAAGGGAAAAGGCAAGAAAAGGCAACGUAAGAAGCAAAGUAUGAAAUACAUGAUGCCUUUCUUUGACGAAGAUAUGGACAACCAUACCAGGCUCCAAGCUCUUCUGAAUAGAAAAGGCAGAGGCAGAGGACAAUGCUAUACUUACCACGUCCCCGAAAAAAACUUAACUCUUGUUUUUACCCAUCAGAUGGAAAGAGCUAUAAGGGAUAAAGAUAUCGUUGACGUAACCAUUGCCCAAAAACACGAUAAAAUUAUUGUCAAGCUAAAGGAUGGCAUGAAAAUUUACGUCCCCAUUGUAAGCUAUGAUGGCCGUGCUCCCUUUUAUAGAGGCGAGGGUUGGACUAGAAGAGAAAUUGAAGAAUUCCAUCAUUUCGGUAGAGAAACAAUGUCUAUUGCUAAAAUUUUUGAGGCAAAAGAAUCCGGAGUCGAGGAAUGGGAGCUGGAAAUGAUGAGAAUGGCCAGCAAAAGGAAGAAGAAGCAAAAAGGAGAAGGCACCCAGGACUGGAAGGCAAUGAUGCAACAAACUGCGGAAAGCGUCAAUUGGGACGAAUUUGAAGAAGAAUCCAAACAAAUCGUUGAAGAACAACACGAUCCCGUCGAAGAUGACCCCAUUGCGAUGGAAGUAGACGAUAUGGAGAAAACUAAAGACGUCAACGAAAAACUAAAAGUAGGAGGAACAGUAAUGAUGGAGAAAUUGCCGCUAAUGCCUGAAAUUCCUGAAUUAAUCAAAGUAAUGCAACAAGGUGAAAUGACGGAAAUGUUCUGUGUAUCUGGUAUAAAAGUUAAUUUGCCCUCUAAUAAAAAAGAACGUUUCGUUCCUGGUCAAAUGGUCUCAUCAGACGAUGGUGACAUAUUUAUGCCUGGACAAACGGUAGAAAACGACGAUGGCGAAUUCGAAUACACCCCCGGGUUCACGGUUUUAUUGGAAGAUGAACCUACACUUAUUCCUGGCCUAGUAAUGGGCAACGAUCCAAAUAAGCCAAUGUUCUUGCCAGGGGAGUCAACUAUCACGGAAACUGGCGAACUUCAGUUCACGGAAACCGACGACGAUCGUCCAAGGGGACCGACACCGCCACCUGGCCCAGACGUGGAAGAGGUUGAGUUGGAGGAGGAGCAAAACAGUGAGGAAGAAGAGGAGGAAAAGCGACCGCCCCCGAAGCGAGAAAAGAAGGAGUUCAUUUACGAGCGGCCAAAGCGAAUGUACGCGUCUGAAAGCAUGGGUCCUAAGCGCCGUGAACGCGGUCCAAGAAAACCUGUUUUGCCAGAAGUUGAAAUUGAACCGGCACGUGUAAUUGUCCCAAUUGAGCCCGUAUUGUUUGAUUUGACAUUGCCGACAUUCGAGAAAGAUUUAAUUGAACAGGAAAAACAACGAGUGUCAGAGUUUUCAGAGAAAAAAGCCAAAGAAGAAGUUACAAUAGACAAGAGAAGACGUGAGAUCAAGUUAAAAGCAAAGCAAUUGGUGGAAUCCAAGCCACCAACACCAAAAUAUCAGGCUCAGGAGCCAGUUAAAAAAAGUGAAAAACUAAAGGAAUUCGAAAAGAACAUCAAAAAGGGAAGUUUCUUUGACGUAGACUACAAGAAAUAUUUAAAUAAGGAACGCGGUCAAAGGUUCAAUUGGUUGGAGCCGGCUGAGUACAGAAAUACGUUUGAUUCGGUGGGGAUGAGGAGGCACCGUGUUUGGAAGUCGGUGUAUUAG